AUGACAUCUGUAAACUGCAGUCCUCCGUCUGUCUCCACCCGCACCGCGCCCCCCCCCCCCCCCCCCACUUCCAAACCACCGGCUCCGGCUCGGGCUGUAACUUGUGAAUUCCCGAGACGGUCCUCUCCGGCCUCGGUUAGGAUUUUUACACGCCCCCCACCCCUUGCUCUUUCCUGCCUCAGUCGCCGCACUCCGUGCGGCCCACCCACGCCCCCAGCUCGCUCGCGCCGGGCCGCGGCGCUGGCUCCGCACUCCCUCCUCUCCGCCCCGCUGCCUCAGCGCCCCGCAGUCCCCGACGCUGCUUCCAGCUCCACUGCCGCGCCGCCCCGCCCCGCCUCGCCUCCACCGGCGUUCCCGAUGGCGAACCAGUGCUCCCCACCCCCACCGUCCUCUCAGCGGGCCGCGCGGCCGUUGGGACUGCCUGGGGCCGGGGGCCGCCGGGGCCCCGCACUCACCAAGCUCAAGGCAGCCGAUCCCGGUGCCACUGCUGGGGUGAGCCUCUGGCUCGCUCGCUCGCCUGCCGUGCCUCUCCCGCACACAACCUCGAAGACCCAGCUCGCGCCUCGGCGGUGCUCACCAGGCCUCGCUCGCCGACACCGCCGCGCACCCAGCACAGCGAGACCCAGCUCAGCCGGCGUUCGCAGUACGCCUGCGCGCGGGGGCCGGCCCGCGCGCCUGCGCGCGCCUCUCCACCACUCUGCUGCAGAGGCUGCCGGGAGUUGUAGUCUUCCAACCGUCCUUCUCGCGAAGCGCCAGCGGUUAGCCGGGAACCAGUGGAGAGUCUGGCGUCGGGAAGGAGGUCUGGUUGACAAGACCAGAGCUCGACACUCUCUUGCCGGCCUUGAAGAAGCGAGCUUUCACGUUGAGAACUGCCUAUGGAGAGGGCCACGUGGCAGCGAGCUGCAGAUGGUUUCUAGCACCUGGGUGCAGCCUCCAGCUGACAGCCAGUAAGCAAGCCAGGGCCCUCAGCCCUACAACCACAAGGAAAUGAAUUCUGCCAACAACCUGAGACGGCUUGGAAGUGGAUUCUUCCCCAGUCAAGCCUCCAGAUGAGAAGACAACGUGACUUACACCUUGAUUGCAGCUUUGUGAGACCCUGAGCAGAGGAACCAGCUCAGCUGUGCCCGUAAUCCUGGCCCACAGAAACUGUGAGAUAAUAAAUGUGUUUUAAG